AUGAAAUUUGGCAACCAAGUUUUGGGCAAAUCAGUUCCCGAAUGGAAGCUUCAUAACUUAGACUAUGAGAAGUUGAAGAGAGCAAUAAAACGAGCCACGACAGAGAAUACUGCUGAGCAGAACAAAGUCAACGUGGAUCGCUGUACGCGGUUGUUUAAUGAACAAUUUGAAAGCAUUAACUUGUUUGUCUCCCUCAAAGUCAAGGAAAUUUCAUCGAGGCUUAUGACCAUUGAAAAAUCGAUUAUAAAUCUGAAAAAGAAGUCCAGUGUUAGCGAUCCUAGUAAUAAGAAAAGGCUUGAACGAAGACAGCUCAAGCUCAUCUCCGCGCAUGUUGAUGGGUGUAGUUCUGAAUUGCAAAAACUUUCUCGGUAUUUGAUCAUACAAAAAAUUGCACUUCGAAAGCUGUUCAAAAAGUUUAUCAAACACUAUCCAUAUGGUAAAGAAAAUGCACAGGAGUAUGUUAAAAGUAUUGAAAAAGGUCCUAAACUGAACGAAGGUCAUGAAGGCAUAUCUUUUGUUAGCGUGGAUCUUGAUCCUUAUCUUCUGGAAAUAUCAAUUAUUGUCGAUGUCUUAAAUAAUCUUGAAGAGAAACAGCAGACACCUGAAUCCUCACACACAGCAUCUUCAUCGUUCAGUGCGAAAAAAAUCAUCGAGUCAUCCUUAUCAUUCGAUCUUUCAUUCCUAGGAGAGUCUGAAAAACUUCAGAACUUUUUAAUUUCGCUUGAGAACAUUGAAGAAUUCAAGUUCAUGAUUUUGAAUUUAGGUUUUCAUCUACUGAACGAUGAAAUCAUUUCAACUGCCAAAGAUAUUCAAGACAGUACCGAACAUAUGUCGUCAAUGGAUUCUAAAUCUCUUAGAUCUGUCAAAUCUUUUAUGGGAUUACAACAUAUGGCGUCUCGUCAACAAUUACAGCAGCAACAACAAUAUCAACAACCGGAAUAUGAAACUUCAAAGACAUCUACUCCCGCUGAGUCUUUACCCAAAACUAGUCCCUUUCAUAGUGCACCAAUAUCACCAAACCAACAUUCCAGAGCUCCGUUAUCAUAUAUUAUCUUGGAUACCUCAGCAACUCCAGCUUUCUUGCACGAUGAAUCUAUUAAUCAACAUCCAAAUCUCUUGGUGGUUUCACACGAAGAUCCCGACCGUUGUAUUUUGAUGUGUCAUGUUGGUGGGAUCAGAGAUCAUAUAGUUACUUCGUGUCUUUCUUACGAUGAUUUAUUAAAAAGUAUUAAUGGUGAAAAUGUGGAUUUCAAGCUGAGAAGUAACGACCGAUUCACAACAAUUGAUAAAUUGGCAGUUGAGUGGCUACACUCUCAUCAUUUGCAGCCAUUAAAUCCAAAAAUAGACUUUAAAAGAACGAGAUUCACUUGCUCAGAUAAGGAUGCCACUUAUUUGAUCGCUUUAGAUGAAGAAAUCACCAUGGAAAAUGAUUCUACCUUACCACAUGCUAUUUUAAAAUUGAGAAAAAUACCUCAUAAUACUAACGCCAAUGGGGCCAAUUUGAACGGGAUAAAUAAUCAUAAAAACGAGGGCGAUAAAUUAACAGAGCUUUGUGACGCACUUGUCGAGCAAAAGGUCGAAUGCUAUCCCAUGUCAUCUCAUGAUACAGUGUGGAGCAUUUGUUUUCGACUCCAACAUUCGCAGAAUCUGGAAGCAGGUCUUUUUGGAUUUCUUCUGAGGGACGAAUACGAAAUAGGGCAGGAUGAUAAACUGAACUCUGAUGAAUUUUUUCUUUUAGGAAAGGAAAUGAUAUUGUCAAUGUGCUCAGAUAAUCUUAAAACAAAAAUUGAGACGGAUGGAAGAAACAAUCGCAUGAGUGUUAUAUCUGUAAAGGCAAAAGAACAUUCUGCAGCGAAGGUCGAAUCAAAACCAGUUAGGUACUGGAACGAAUUUGAUGAUGAUCCGGAUUUUUUUAAUGACAACGGUUUUUAUGUUGAUGAAUCUCAAAACUCAAGUGGGAGACAAGAUGAAAGAAGAACAGAAGGUGAUUACGGGCUCAUUCGUUUCAACAAAUCAUUCAUCAACUCAACUUUCCGAGCAUGCCAAAAAAUACGUAUAUGGCUUGGUCUGGAAGACGCACCUCUAUCUCCUCUUCUCAAUAACAACAGUGAGAACUACGGUUCCAUUUCCGGAGCUAGUUUUUCUACCAUUUCCCAUGAAGAUCUGGAAGAAUACAUUGAAGCUCGCAAUCAAGAACAGGACGAGAGUGAAUCAGUUUAUGAGUAUCGGCAUGACCAAGUGGUUACGUUCAUGUACUUAUCUGCGCUACUGACAUCUUGUGUAACAUCAGGCCUACCUCUCGGAAUAGUUCUGGCACUGUUUACUAGAGAUGACACGGACGCAGAACUAGAAGUCGCAGAAGUGUUGGCCGUAUUGAUAUGCAUUACUUUGAUUGUGUCACUGAUUCUUAUUUGUUCCAGUCUGCUAUUGUUAUUUAGUAGAUUCAACCUGGCACCUGCAUGGCAUUAUAUCUGCUGCUUUGUCCUAUUUCUGGUCGUAAUUUUUACAGUUUGCUAUGGGCUUGCUGAAAUUUUGUUUUGA